UCUCUGGUCAGGAAUUGGGGUCUGAGGGUCAGCGCGUCCCAAGCAGAGUUCCUACAGCCUGAGAUCAGCCCCGCCCUGAGCCAGCCGCGCAAGCGCCGUGGCGCAGAAAGGACACGCCCAAGUCCCCUGUACGCAUGCGCAGCGGCGCGGGGGCGUGGCAGCGCCGCACGCUCUUCUCGGGACCCGACCGCGAUUUUAAAUUUAGCGACGUUCUCUCUGCUACCUCAGCCGCCUGUCCUGAAGUGAAGCUGUCCUGCCUGAGAAGAGGUCUCCCAACAGGAUAAAGUGAAGCACAUUUGUCAUGCAAAUGCUCCCCUGUGCAGAAGUGAGAGAAGAAUGCUGCAGAAGUGAUUACGGGAACAUCUUUGAUCCCAGGACACAGGUCUUCGAGAAGAAACCUUCAAGCCUUUUGUAGACAGAAGGGCAUCCAAGCAGCAAAAGCGCCUCAGGAUCAUGGCUGAUAACAACCAGGAGAUUGGUGGCAUCCAUUUCCCUUUUCCCUUCACACCCUAUUCCAUCCAGAAAGACUUCAUGGCAGAGCUGUACCGGGUGUUGGAAGCUGGCAAGAUUGGGAUAUUUGAGAGUCCAACUGGCACUGGAAAAUCUUUAAGUCUUAUCUGUGGGGCCCUUUCCUGGCUCCGUGACUUUGAACAGAAGAAACAUCAAGAGGAAGCGCGUCUCCUUGAAACUGGAGCUGUCCCCUCAAGUAAUGGGAAGGACCAGCCCCCACUUAUUUCAUCCUCCUGUCAAGAGACCCCCGACGCCCUGCGGCCUGCUGGAGAACCUGACUGGGUUACUCAGUUUGUCCAGAAGAAAGAAGAAAGGGACCUGGUGGACCGACUAAAGAAGGAGCAGAUCAGGAGGAAGAAGCGAGAAGAACGCCUGCAGCAGCUCCGUCACAAUACACAGCUAAAGUAUGCAGCCAAGCGUGAGAGACAGGAAGAAGAAGAGACCGAGCGUCUCCUCCGUCUCAGCAGGGACAUACUGGCAGCAGGAGCAGAGGCCAGGCCGCUAGAGCAGCUGGCACCUGGAGAGGAGGAACUGGUCCUCUCUGAGUACGAGAGUGAUGAGGAGAAAGGAACCGGUAAUGGAUUAGAUGAGGAUGAGGAUGACCUGGAGGAAGAACAUAUAACUAAGAUUUAUUACUGCAGUCGGACCCACUCCCAGCUGGCCCAGUUUGUACACGAGGUACAGAAGAGCCCCUUUGGCAAGGACACCCGGCUCGUCUCCCUCGGCUCUCGGCAGAAUCUUUGUAUAAACGAAGACGUGAAAAACCUAGGUUCUGUGCAAUUGAUCAACGACCGCUGCGUGGAGUUGCAGAGGACUAGACAUGAGAGCAAGAGCAGAGCCGAGGACAAGGAGCCCAAGAGGAGAAGGCAGGAGAAGGCUGCCUGCCCCUUCUACAACUACAAGCAGCUACAGCUCCUCCAGGACGAGGUCCUGCUGGAAGUGAAGGACAUUGAGCAGUUGGUGACCCUGGGGAAGGAGGCUGGGGCCUGUCCCUAUUAUGGGAGCCGGUUUGCCAUUCCAGCAGCCCAGGUGGUGGUGCUGCCCUAUCAGAUGCUGCUGCAUACGGCUACCCGGCAGGCUGCAGGGAUCCGGCUACAGGGCCAGGUAGUGAUCAUCGACGAGGCGCACAACCUGAUCGACACCAUCACAGGCAUCCACAGUACAGAGGUCAGCGGUUCCCAGCUCUGCCAAGCACAUUCCCAGUUGCUCCAGUACAUGGAACGAUACAGGAAACGUUUGAAGGCCAAGAACCUGAUGUACAUCAAACAGAUCCUGUACCUAUUGGAGAAGUUUGUGACUGUGCUGGGUGGGAACAUUAAGCAAAAUCCCAAUACACAGAGCCUCUCACAGACAGGGACAGAGCUGAAGACCAUCAAUGACUUCCUCUUUCAGAGCCAGAUCGACAACAUCAACCUGUUCAAGGUGCGGCGCUACUGUGAGAAGAGCAUGGUCAGCAGAAAGCUCUUUGGCUUCACAGAAAGGUAUGGGGCAGUCCUUAUGCCCCCCAAGGAGCAGCCCAGACUGGCUGGGUUCCAGCACUUCCUACAGAGCCUGCAGCCCGGGGUUACUGAAGCUCCCACAGCCCCUGUGGAGGAGGGGGAGGCCAGGGCACCACGGCCUGCUUCCCCGCUGAUGCACAUCGAAGGCUUCCUUGCAGCUCUCACAACUGCCAACCAGGACGGCAGGGUCAUCCUGAGCCGCCAAGGCAGCCUCAGUCAGAGCAGCCUGAAAUUCUUGCUGCUGAAUCCAGCUGUGCCUUUUGCCCAGGUGGUGAAGGAAUGCCGGGCAGUGGUCAUUGCCGGGGGCACCAUGCAGCCGGUAUCUGACUUUCGGGAGCAGCUGCUGGCAUGUGCUGGGGUGGAAGCCGAGCGACUGGUGGAGUUUUCCUGUGGUCAUGUGAUCCCUCCAGACAACAUCCUGCCCCUUGUCAUCUGCAGUGGGCCCUCCAACCAGCAGCUGGAAUUCACAUACUUGAAAAGAGAGCUGCCUCAGAUGAUGGAAGAGACAGGUCGCAUCCUCUGUAACUUGUGCAAUGUGGUCCCUGGAGGAGUGAUCUGUUUCUUCCCCUCCUAUGAGUACCAACGCCAGGUCCAUGCCCACUGGGACAAGAGUGGCCUGCUGGCCCGCCUGGCUGUCAGGAAAAAGGUAUUUCAGGAACCCAAGAGAGCAAACCAGGUGGAACAGGUGUUGACAGAGUAUUCCAGGUGCAUUCAGUGCCAUGGCCAGGCAGGAGGCAUGGUGACAGGGGCCCUGUUGCUCUCAGUGGUCGGAGGAAAGAUGAGUGAAGGCAUCAACUUCUCCGACAACCUCGGCCGGUGCCUUUGGCUCCUGUGUGCCUCCCCACCAGGUGUGUGGUUAUGGUGGGCAUGCCCUACCCCAACAUCAAGUCUCCAGAGCUCCAAGAGAAAAUGGCCUACCUGGAUCAGACCCUUGCAGGGCCAUCAGGCACCAGAAGGACUUUGCCAGCAUAGUGCUCCUGGACCAGCGGUAUGCCCGUCCACCUGUCCUGGCAAAGCUGCCAGCCUGGAUCCGAGACCGUGUGGAGGUCAAAGCUACCUUUGGCCCUGCCUUUGCUGCUUUACGGAAGUUUCAUCACGAGAAGUCUGGCCUUUCCUGAGGACGGCCACACCUGUCUGGAGUGCAGACCAGCCUCCUUCUGGAAUCACUGGGCUGCCAGGAUCCAGGAAUAGGUGCAGAAGCCAGUAGGCUAAAAUUAGGUUGAUCCUGAACAACCAGUGGGUCCUGGCCAUCCUCAGGCCCAUCUCAGGGUAUUUCCCCUCCCUGAAAUUGAAUCUCGCUUCCUGUUCACCACUGCCCAGUUAAGCUCCCUGCCCUGUUUCCUGGCCAGCCUUCCCGAGUGGCUGUGGAAGCUGCACCUUCCACUGUAGCAUCUUUGCCUGUGCUCAUUUCUCAGCAUCUACUUUCUCAGAGGUGAGAUGGAGCAGGCCUCUCUUGCCUCUACCUUUUCUCCUUUCCCCUUUCUAGCUAAAAUUAGCUGUUCUAGGCCUCUACCCUUUCCUCAAAAUUAAGAACAUUCCCCAUUUCCAGCCCCCUGGUGUCCAGGGCUCUUCUGCCCUCUGGCUUCUGGUUACUUCAACCCACUGCCAUCUGGGGAUUAAGCACCAUCUAUGGCAAAUCAGGCACUGAAGUCAUUUAGAACUGAGAGAAAUGUCCUGUGCACUGCUCCCCCACCUGCUGGCCUCACUUCUUUACUUCAGGGCUGGUCCUUAACCUGUCCACAGCCUUCCACAGCAUUCUUACUCCCUGGAUUGGUUCCAGGUCCUUCAAAUCAGUGGCACCUUUCCUCCUCUCAGCUACUUGAGCAAACUCCAAGACACCUCUUCCCCUGACAUCAGCAAUUACACCAAGGACCAUUAGGCUCUCAGCAUGACUAUUUUUAGCUACUCUGUGUCUAUCAUGAGACUUUUUUCCUGUGUGAAAAUACCCCUCCCUCCAUCUGCAACAGCUGCCUCUGUUGACUAUACCUCUCCUAGCCCUCCCUGACCCCAGAGAACGGGCCUUGGUCCACUUGGCACUUUGCCAGAGAUACUGGGCGAGGGAGGACAGUCCCUGGCUCGGAGAUGUCUGCAUUCUGCACAGCUGUAGUUCCUUAAUUAAAAGAGUACUGUUGGUUGAUG